AAAACAAAAGACUAUUUUAUUUACUGUCAAACCAAGUUUGCUCUUUUGGGUUUUUUAAAAAAUUUACCAUGUGACUACCCAUCCUUUUGAAUUAACUAACCAAAGGACUGGUGGAGCAACGCAGCACCUGUCCUAUCUCCUCCACUUGUGUGUAUGUGUCAACACUUCAGCCGACAGAACAAAAAUGUUUACCUGUGAACAACCAGAGCACUUUACCUUAAUUAGCUUUGUCAUUGUCUUGCCAAUUUACUGCUACCACCACGACCCCUUGAUCGUCGUGUAACCAUGUUAGGGAACAUGGGCCAGAGCGGUGGGGAGUAUGUGGGUAGCCAAGUCUUCGCUGGCUCGUCCACAGCACUAGUGGCGAUGAAAUGCCAAGAAACUGAACAGAGAUCAGACCUCAGUGCUGGCAGCAGCUGCAACUCACCUAAUACCGGUGCCACCAUUGAGAUGCACAACAGUAAUAACUCUUCUAACACUGGUGCAACUACUGAAGUGCACAGUAGCAAUAACCUGCAGAAGACAGAACAUGAAACUCAACAUUAUUCCAAAGCCAAUUCCACGAGUCACAUUCUAAAACCUAAAAUCACCCGCGGGCUUUACAGACAACAACCACCUCCAAACCUUGAGUAUCAUCCUGAUCUAUCGUGGUUUCGACCUUGGAAAGGAAGAAAACUGUUGUUAGAAGGGCAAGAUGCCCCUGGGGGCCAAAAGCCACAGUUAUUAGACUCCCAGCAGGGGUCGAGCAAAAACCUAAGUCCCAACUAUAAAUCAAAAUCUCCCCUUGCGUCCCCGUUGCGUUACCUCCACAGUUUCACUUAUUCGGAUGUGAGUGAUGUGUCUGAAGACAGUGGUGGCGGCACCAGCAGUCGAGAGCCAUCGCCUGCCAAGGAACAGGAUCUUGAAGAGCAUCAGAACCAGUGUCUACAGUCGCCGUCCAAACUUAAAUUGGAUGAGUCUGUAUCCUCAGAGAAAUCCCCCAAAAUGCUACGAAUCAGCACUUCGGAAUGUACAAACCUUGAAACUCGGUCGUCUGACUCCGACAGGUCCCCCAAUCGGACAGAGUCGAGUGGUCAGUGGCGGUGUGAGGACGAAGGCAAUCGAGGAAUCGAGAAACCUUUAGUUCGUCACGGUAGUUACAAAAAGAUCCUUCAGGCUCGCUAUCUGUCGAGUAUUGAGGACGAUAGCAGUGUUUGUCAGAUGGAUCUGAAGGAAGACGACACAAAGGACAAUGAUGUCUUUAUGCCUGCUGAAAAUCCUCAAGACGAACCAAACCAAAGCAUCUCUUCAACUGCUGAUAUCAACUCUAACCAAACCUCACUGGCUUCAACUGUUGGCCAGCCACAAUCUUCGAACACAUCACUAGCCAGCGGACUUCAAUGUGAACCCCUCGAUCUGUCAAGUCGGACAUACGAGACAUCCCCCACAAAAGGCCCUCCAAUGACAAUAUCAGAAAUUGUCUGCCCCCCUCCACCUGAACCUUUUACUCUAUCUCCUUCUUCUUACAUCAGGUCACCGCCUUUUUAUUCGAAGCAUUUGCUGUCACCUCGAUCACCUCUUUGUUCUGUACCUGAAGGGGGGCAUGUAUUCAACUUUAACUUGCCUUCUCCUCUAGAAGGCACCCAUUCUGACUCAGAGGUCGCC